GUUUACGACAACUACAAAGGGAGAAGAAACUACACUACAUGUGGAGAUUGACAGAUGGACAGACGAAUGAUGUAGCAUAAUGGCAACCGCAGCUAGAUCGACCUCAAGAUCCUCCAAGACCAACGGCCAUGUAAGCAGCUACCAGCAGUCACAAUGGGAUGACGUCCUUCCUGUACCCAAACUCAGGUUCUCUGUGGCAUCUGUCCUCGUCUUCUGUCUGGCGGUACUGUGUUUCGCGAACAGCCAUGAUGGAGACUUUGUGUUUGACGACAGUGAAGCCAUCAUUGCCAACAAAGACUUGCUUCCAGAGACACCGCUUCAAGCCAUCUUUGCUCAUGACUUCUGGGGGAGAAAGUUGGACUCAAAGACGAGUCACAAGUCGUACAGACCUCUCACUGUGAUGACUUACAGGUGGAACUAUGCCUGGGCAGAUGGGCUUCAUCCUCGGGGCUUCCACGUUGUCAACAUCGUCCUGCACGGCUUGGUGUCGGUCAUCUUCAUGGCAGUCUUCUCUGUCCUCAUGUCUGGUUACCAGGUGGACCAGGAAUCUGCCAGGCCGGUGUUUGCCUCGCCCCGAGCUGCUCUCCUGUGUGCUGUGUUGUUUGCUGUGCAUCCCAUUCACACCGAGAGUGUUGCUGGGGUCGUGGGUCGGGCUGACCUGCUCUGUGCCUUGACCUUCCUACUAUCAUUCCUUCUGUAUGCCAGGGCAUGCCUCCCACGUUCGUCUCAGGUCAGUUACCGUCCCGAGUCCUUCUCCCUGGUGUCUCUACUGGCCAGUAUGUGUCUGUGUGUCGUGUCCACCUUCUGUAAGGAGCAGGGCAUCACUGUCAUAGGUAUCUGUAGUGUGUUUGACGUCAUCGUGGUGUGCAGGGCCAACCCCUUCCAGCUGCUGCCAUUCAGGAAACCAAAGAAAUCUGAAGAGAAUGGUCAUAAUGGGUUCAAUAAUAACCAUGUCAAAAACAAGCCGGAGAUAUCUCCAUGGGUGAAGGGUCUCAUCGUGCGUCACCUCAUCCUGUUAGUGACGGGCGUGUCACUCCUCAUCACACGACUACGGGUCAUGGGAUCAACAACACCCAUAUUCCAAGUGCAUGAUAAUCCACAUUCCUUUGUGAACGGCACAAUAUUGAAAAUUUUGAACUACAACUACCUCUAUGCAAUCAAUUCCUGGCUCCUUUUAAAUCCAUGGUGGCUGUGUUUUGAUUGGUCGAUGGGCUGUAUACCUGUCAUCACCUCAUUGGCUGAUCCCAGAAUACUGGCAGACAUAGCUCUCUGGGCUGUCUUUGGUGCUUUAUUGUUCCAGUGUUGCCGAGGAGACCUUACCCAGGAUCGCAGAAUCCUGAUAACGUCCCUGGCAGUGUUGGGAGUUCCCUUCCUGCCCGCCAGCAACCUGUUUUUCCGUGUGGGCUUCGUGAUUGCAGAGAGGAUCCUGUACCUGUCCUGUGCUGGCUUCUGUAUGUUGGUGGUGCUCGGGGCAAGGCAGAUCUGUCUUCAUCUACACACUACUGCCAAACAGCUUGUGUCUGCUGGGUUUUGCAUCCUCAUCGCCGUGUUCAUCCUUCGCUCCAUGCAGAGAAGCAAUGAGUGGAGGGAGGAGAUCACCUUGUUUUCAUCAGGAGUCCGAGUUUGCCCAUUAAAUGCCAAGGUCCACUACAACAUAGCAAAGCUCCAGGCGGACAACAACAAUAUAGACUUUGCUAUAGACAAGUACAGACUGGCUAUCAGGUUGAACCCCCAGUACGACCAAGCCAUGAACAACCUCGCCAACAUCCUGAAGGAGAAUGGGGGAGUGCUGGAGGCAGAGCAGCUGUUGGAGAGGGCGGUCGGCAUCAGGGCCGAAUUUGCAGCAGCGUGGAUGAACCUUGGUAUUGUGCAGGCUGAACUGAAGAAGAACGAGUCGGCAGAGGCCAGCUACCUGGAAGCCAUCCGACACCGGCGGAAGUACCCCGACUGCUACUACAACCUGGGCAACCUGUACCUGGACAUGGGGCGCCACACUGAUGCCAUCCGGGCAUGGUUGAACGCCACCCAGCUGCGCCCCACCCACAUGAAUGCCUGGACCAACACCCUCAUCCUGCUGGACAGUCUGGGCAAGUAUGAGAACGCCAUUGUUGUUGGCAAGGAAGCGAUGAAGGUGAUGAAGAACGAGCCCCAGCUGAUGUUCAACAUGGCCAACAUCUACGGCAAGAUGGAGAAGUACCGGGAGAGUGAGGAACUCUUCCUCGCCGCCAUCAAGAUCGACAAACACAACGCCAAGUUCUACCUGAAUCUAGGUGUGUUAUAUCAUCGGUGGGGGAAGAACGAGCCGGCCGAGGCGGCGUACAUCCAGGCCCAGAGCCUAGCACCUCAGGACCCAUCCAUCAAUGAGAACCUGCAGAUGCUUCAUCGAAAAAUGGGGAAACUCAAGUAAACUUUCAUGAGUGAAGAAGUGUUUGGGGUACAGGUAGAAUUGCAGAUCAUGAUCAAAUUUUGUGAUUCAACUUAUCAUUACGCAUGACACAAACUAGAAUUAUUUUGUGAAAAUAUAUUUUUAGAUUAGUCAUCUUUGCAGAGUUUUGGGGUUGGGUUUGAAAUUUUGUAAGAAUCCUCACUCAAUCUCUGCAUUUGAUGUCAAUUCUUUCCUCUUGCCGCGGCUUGAUACUUGCUGCUCAAGUUUUCGUUUAUCAUGUUUAUUUCAGUUGUUUAUUGCUGAAAAAUCAAAUAUAUGUAUACAUAAAUUUGUGUUUAUGAAUAUGUUUAUAGUUUGCACUGAGGUUUUCGCUUUUAAAGAAAAAUCAAUAUUAUAGAUUUUGUUGCGUUUUGUUUUGUCAGUGAUGACAAAAAAUGUCAGACAUAAUCAUGAUUAUCAUUUUAUGUAAUAGUUUAUUUUAUGUAUUUUAUGUUGAACAUGCUGAACUUCAAAACUUUUAUUCAGAUAUUUUAGUACUCCUAUUUUUAAUGGUCAUUUAAAUGAAUGGAAGAGUUUGACACAACUAUUUGUAUCUAGUACUGAAAUUCCAACUAUGUCAUUUCAAACUGCCCAGGGAUUUUGAUCAGUAGAACUUUCCUUGCUAUAAGAUCAGGCCAGUUUUAUGAAACACAUAUAUUAUAUUAAGUGCCCUGGGUGCUUAGAAGAUUAAGAAAGGGGUGUGCUUAUUUAAACAAUAGGUUCUUUUUUUUCUUACAUCAAGUGAGGGAUAGAGAAUAGGUUCAAAUGUCAAUGAAUCUAUAAACUUCUGACAUCUAGUGUUUACACAUUAUGGUAAUAUUCUUGUCGUGGUAUAAAUGUUGGAACUCAAGUUCCGAGUGUACCAUAUCCUCCCUUGUACACAGGUGUAAUAAUGUGUGUAACACACAAGAAAAUGUGCCCUAUCAUGUCAUCUUCCAAUAGAAUAAUAAUGGAACGAUUACUGUAAAUCUUGAAAUAAAUGCGUCUCCAAAUUAAUACCACUGCCGACCCCUCGCCAAAAAUGUGACUCAAAAUCAAUGCCACUCCCCCAACCCCAUCCCCAGUGGAAUGAUACACAUCCUUACCUUAAUCUAAUCAAACAGCAAAUAGCACUAAUUAGCACUGAGUAAAGCACUUCCGUAAUAACAAUAAACAGUGUUUUCCUAACAACAAGUUCAAAGGCAAUAAAAUAAUUGAACCAACAGCAGUUCACUGAUUGGAGUGGUCAAUGGUGCCUAGUUUGACACCAGUGGAAGAUACAUAUCCUUACCUUAAUCCAAUCAAACAGAAAAUAGCACUUAUUAGCACUGAGUAAAGCACUUCCGUAAUAACAAUAAACAGUGUUUUCCUAACAACAAAUUCUGUUGAUUGGAAGUUCAAAGGGAAUAAAAUAAUUGAACCAACAGCAGUUCGCUGAUUGGGUGGUCAGUGGUACCUAGUUUGACACAAGUGGGUAGAACUCUUGACCCCAGCAGUGAUAACUCACCAGAUGUCUAUUGUGUAAUUCCUA